ACCGGCCAUUAUUACAUGUUUUCCGUGAUUUUUCCCAGUCCCUCAGGCAAAUGGUGUAGUCAAUUAUUGUCAAUUCAUCAUCCUACCAUUCGACACAAUAUAGGCCGGAUACUGAAGUUUUUGAUGAAACUGAGCCAUGAGACAGUGACCAUUGAAUUAAAAAAUGGAACCCAGGUUCACGGAACAAUAACUGGAGUGGAUGUUGCUAUGAAUACUCAUUUGAAAGCUGUGAAAAUGACUGUCAAAAAUAGAGACCCAGUACAAUUAGAAACUUUAAGUAUUCGUGGCAACAACAUUCGCUAUUACAUUCUCCCAGAUUCACUUCCAUUGGAAACACUUCUCAUUGACGACACUCCAAAGGCCAAGGCAAAGAAGAAGGAAGCUGCACGAGGUGCCAGCCGAGGUCGGGGACGAGGACGAGCCAGAGGAAGGGGUCGUGGAAGAGGUAGAGGGAGACGAUGAAGAGGUUCCUGCUUGUUUAGUGUGUGGUAUACUGCAGUUCUGCAACAGUUGGCUUACUGCAGUCAUGAACAAAUGACUUUGCAUUUUGUCUUGUGCUAUAUGGACACACAUAUGGAGAACAGAAUUAAAGCUGUUACUAAAAUGUGUAUUGGAUUUAGGAGUAUGUUACAAUUACUGUGAUGAACUUUUUAGUGUGGCUGUAACAGCACUGUAGUUUCCAGACUUUUGAUCAGCACUUUAUAUAAAGUUCAUAACAAAUCCUG